AGCCGAACCCGACAUGUUCCGCUCCUCUUCGUCGUGUUGGAGCGGUGAAGUGCGAGUCUGGAGGGGGGCGACGCUGAGUCUGAGGGGGAGGGACACAACGAGGCAGAUCGCCUCUCCUGCAUCCCGACAUCCUCCCACUGACCGCAGCGCCUCUCCAAGCCAGCUGCAGCAGACACAAAGAAUCAAAUAAGAUGAUGUCAUUCGGCGUGAUCACGCUGAGUUUGCUCAUCACUGCAGGUUUUUCUGCACCUAUGAAAGGCGAUGAGGAAGCAGUGAUGUUAUUCCGUGGGGAGGAUUUCCACAUCUUGCUGCCAUCUCCCGAGGCGGAGGUCACAUUCAAGAACCGCUCGGACCCCCGAAAGCCCCUGGUCCUGAUGAAGAAUGGCAAGGCGAUCGGCAGUUGGGCUAAACUCAACCAGCUCUCCACCCACCUCGUUAUAAAUUCUGUGAGUGAGGGCGACGAGGGGCUGUACACCGUGAUGAAUCCAAAAAGUCCAGAUGAUGUCCGGCAGAUUUCACUCAUAGUCCGAGACUGCACCGUUGAGGACAUUGUCAAAUAUGGAGGCAACUUCAAAAUUCCUCUGCUGGGGGAGACUUCUUUCAUCACACUGGAGCACAGGCCCAGUGCAGUGGAGGCCACCCAGACAGCUAGUCCAGCCUUUGUGGUGAUGACUGCCACAGGGCUUCCCACGGAGCCGUAUCGAGGGCGAAUCAGCAGCACUGAGCGUUUUAUCACCCUCCACGCAGUUACAGGUGCAGACGAGGGGAGUUACACUGUCAGAGAUAUCAGAGGAGCGAUCCAGAUUAAAGUGUGUCUAAAUGUUAAAGAGCACACAAAGUUUGUGACCUUGCCGCUUGGAGAGGAGCUAAAGAUCCAGCUGAUUCUCAACAGCUCUUUGGUCCAACUCCAUUACACUCCUGCUUCCGACUCCUCACCCCAUCUGCUUAUGGAUAAAGGAAAUUUUACGAAUGCCCAAACGGACUUUGGAUUCGGGGACCGCAUGACUUUGGAGGGUUCAGAAGUUGUUCUGAAGCAGAUCAAGGCUACAGAUGCAGGCUCCUUCAAUGUCACAGACCUAGAGGGAUUCACCGUGUCCACCGUCCAACUGGGAUUAGAGCCUUACAGACUGGAGCCUCUCUAUGUGGCCAUCAUUGCCCUGCUGGGCCUGCUGGCUUUCCUUCUGCUGGUGUGUCUGCUCUCCUGCCUGAUCAAAGUGAAGAAGAGGGCCAAGAGGGCCGCUGCACUGGAGAAGCUGGCCCAGAACGCUGGCAAAGAGGAAGAGGGCGAGGCUUUCAGACAGGUGGUGAAGAACAUCACCAAACUUAGUGAGGAGUCCAAGCAUUCCCAAGCGGACAACACCGAAAAGUCUCAGAGCACUGAGGUGGAUAUCAAAGGUCUGGAGGUUUCCUCUAAAGAAGUCGGUGUGGGGAAUCUGGAAACCAGUGACUCGGGCGUAGGCUUUAAUACCGCUCUCCCAUUGGACACUGACACCGACGUUCCCGAUCAAAUCCCUGAGUCGGAGGCUGCAAGCAUCUCUGUUGCUCCUGAAACUAAACCCAGCCCUUCUGCUGCUGCUGAGUCCAAGUCGGCUGCACAAAUUAAACCCGGUUCAGUCACCGACACCAAACUCAGCCCGCUCCUCAAGACCAAGAAAAUCCCCGAUCAGCCUGAAAAAGUCAAGUUAGAUGCUCCGAAACCACCAGAUACUAAACUUAGUCCCGCCCAUAGCCCAGAACCCAAAGCAGGUCUAAGUCCAGCUGAUCCAAAGCCUGCUCCCAGUCCCAGUCCAGAACCUAAAGUAGCCGUCCCCACAGCCACCUCUCCAACAGCCGAGGGUAAAAGCGCCGCAGCUCCCAGUCCCGAGCCCACCAAACCAACUUUAGCAGAACCAAUCACCAAUGGUACACCCGAGCCGGGACCGGAUGCCAAAGCAAGUCCGGAUCAUGCAGAAAUUCUCAAAGCUCCAAAAGAGGUUCCUCCUAAAACCCCCGACUCCGAGCUGAAGUCUGCAGGUGGACCAGAGGGCAGCAAAGAAGCGUCAGCAACUAAGGAGUCCACCACAACCUGAGAUCUCCACCUUGACCGGUGAAAGGAAGCCCCACAGAUCCCCGUUCUCCACCUCAGCAGACAAUCCACCCCCCUCCUAACAACGAGGCAGCAGCAGAGGGCGAGGACACCGAUCGAACUCGUCUAAAAGCCCGACACCACCCCAACAGCGGUACUGCUUUUUUCUAACGCCUUUGGAACCUUCUGACUGAGACACAUCGAGGCUGUUAAACACUUUAGUUGUACACAUCUUGCAGCCUCAUUUAGUUCCUUUACUUCCUCUGUAAAACUGCCAAACUGCAAAUGAGGUAUCUUUGCAGGGUUUACAACUAAAAUGCAAACUCCGCCUAAGGUUUUAUAAAAUCCCCAGAAAGGUUUACGGCAUUCUCAUCGAAUCAUUAUUAGACUCAAUGUUUCACAUCUGGUUGAUUGCCCCUCUAACAGCACGUGGAUGAAGUCGGUUUAAAUUUAAGGCUUAAUUUAGAUUAAAUGAGCUGUAUACUAAAGAUCAAAGCCUUUGAAGUUAGGAUUUUAUUCACUCCUUUCUGAGAAACCCACAGUAAAUACAUUUUUAAUGAGAUUAUAAUAGUUCUAACCACUAUUAAUUGACUUGACUGAGAUCCCGUUGCCCAUGGAAAUAGCUAAUGACCUUUUGUUGGAUUUUAUAAUAAUUAAAUACUGAGACAAAGUCCAACCUGCCUUGUUUUUUUAGUUUUUCGCAUUUCUUUUUGCUUUUCUUUAUCAAUGUUAAGAGUAAGUCACUGGUUUUCCCCUGGCCUACAGUGUGAGUCUUCUAGAGGUGGUUUAAGUGUGUUUAGGGGCAUUUACAUUUACCUUAAUCUUGAACUCUUGCAUGGUACAGAAGAGAUGUGCAGAUACAUGUUUAGGUAAAAACGUGCAUGUCUCUACCUCGCAUUCCAUCCAGCGCGGCUUGCAGACCAUAAAAU